AAAAUGAAUUUUGCUUCAUAAAAAUCGUAUCAUUGAGUCAGGAAAUAUCGAUUUGAACUGCUCGUAUCAGUGCUCCGAAAAAUGAAUUUCAUGUUUUCAAAAAAAUCCUGAAACAUUAUGUCUUCCCCACUCAAAUAAUCAACAAUCUGCUCCAAGGUAACCAGUCCUCCCACCUUCAAAAAAAAACAAUCUAAAGUAUUCGCACUGGGGCUCAUGCUCAUCAGUCGUGUGGAGUUGUCUGUCUUGUUAUUAUCGUGUCUCUCGCGCAGGCUCAAAAAGUCUAUCCCAACGUUUGUGUUUAUCAGCUGGUGACGUAUUUCACGGUGAUCCAAAUAUUUUUCUCAUUAUCGAACCAGAACUGACGAGCAGAGAACGAGGGAGUGUUUAUGAAGUAUGCAAUGAGGGGUCAGUGUGUCUCCAAGGGAUAAGGAAGCCAGCUCACUCAGAAUCUCGAGCAAAGCACAUGAACGUGAAUGAAAGAGUCAAGAGCGAAUACGAGGGGAUCAAAGAGGUGGAUGAGCUCCAUUUCUUAUCCCAACGGAGAUUAUGAGCGGACAAAUUGCAGCUGGUCCUGUCGAAGGCAGCAAAGCAGUCCUCGAGAGGAUUCAGGUGUCUGUAAUGAUGGGUAAUACCAAAGGGAAUUCGACACAGGACAAAGCUGAUGAUAUUGAGGAAUCAGAGCACCAUGAAGUACCAAUCUCCAAUGUCCAAAGAGUCUAUACAAGUCUCUUGGCAGGGGCUAUUGCUGGAGCACUGGCGAAGACAGUGAUAGCACCCCUAGAUCGCACGAAAAUAAAUUUUCAGAUAUCUAAAAUGACUUAUUCCCAGAAAGCAGCCAUUGAUUUCUUAGUGCAGUCCUAUAAGAAGGAAGGAUUGAUGAGUCUAUGGCGAGGUAAUAGUGCCACGAUGGUGAGGGUUGUGCCUUAUUCAGCCAUUCAAUUUGCGGCCCAUGAACAAUGGAAGAGGAUACUUCGUGUUAAUGGACCUGAUACAAAACCAAUAAAUCGACUCGUGGCUGGAUCCCUAGCUGGUGUAACCUCUCAAAGUCUCACCUACCCCCUAGACAUGGCCAGGGCAAGAAUGGCUGUGACCCAGAAGGCCGAGUAUUCAACUCUUCGUCAAGUGUUCGUACAAAUCUACAGAAACGAGGGAGUACUAGCGUUCUACAGAGGCUUUUUCGCCACAAUUCUUGGUGUUAUUCCAUACGCCGGAUGCAGUUUCUUCACUUAUGACUCUUUGAAGAACUACUUCAAGGAUAAAGAAAUUCAUCCUGGACUGUCAACUGCAACCACGUUGUUCUGUGGAGCAACUGCUGGUGCUGUUGGACAGACUGCCAGCUAUCCUCUGGACAUUAUCAGGAGGCGAAUGCAGACGUCAGCUGUUAAAGGGGCUUAUUAUCAUACUAGUUUCUCAACUGCUCUUAAAAUUUAUCGAGAGGAGGGAAUCAUGGCAUUUUAUAAAGGCCUCAGUAUGAAUUGGGUGAAGGGCCCGGUGGCAGUAGGCAUUUCCUUUGCUACUCACGACACUAUUCGUGAUAAUCUGAGACUCUACUUGACUGGGUAGAGAGGUCUGGGUUAUUCGAUUUGUAUAUAAAAAUUGCUUACUUCGAAAAAACGAAAAGAAAGUAUAAUUUAAUCGAUAUUCGAGUCUAAGGGAGGAGGGAGAAAGGGCUAUUAUUUUUUUUGGGUUUGUUAAAGAGCCUUGGAAAUUGAAGAGUCCUAGACUGCAAUGAAGGAGGAACGAAAGUUGGAAAGUUCUUAAUGAUGCUUAAAUUUGUAAUAUUAUUUACAUAAUCACGUGUGGGGCUGAUGCUCCUGGCUUCCUUCAGCUCAAAUGGCCUCUUUUUUUACACAAAAAUACAACAAACUGGAAUUUAGACAAUAAUGUUUACAAUCUCUCAUUAUGAUUUGCUUUAGCAAAAUAAAUUUGUGGUAAAAAAUA